AGAUUGUGUGUGUAGAUGACUUAAAACCUAAAACCCUUGAUAGAUAAAAAAAAAGGGCAUUAUGGCCCAAAUUUUAAACUUUCGCAACUUUCUUUUCCUCCCUUCUUAUAAACCCACAACCCACUUCCGACUCCGAUUCCUCUCAACCCUUGUUUCCUCUUCUUCUCGCCGCAGUAACAUCAACGCUCCUCCUCUUCAUCUCCGCCGCAGAAGCACCACCACCAGCACCACCCCAAUGGAAGUCGAAGAGAAUAGCUCCGUUGGUUUCAACAAAAGAAGGGCAGAGGGUACUGAAAAUUCCGGUUUACCCAAGAAAAAUCUUCAACUCAAAGUUCGAAAACUUAAUCCCAUUAACACUAUUUCGUAUGUUCAGGUUUUGGGUACUGGAAUGGAUACUCAAGAUACAUCACCUGCUGUUAUGCUUUUCUUUGAUAAACAAAGAUUCAUCUUUAAUGCUGGGGAGGGACUGCAAAGAUUUUGCACUGAGCAUGGGAUUAAGUUGUCAAAGAUAGAUCACAUAUUUCUUUCUCGUGUCUGUUCUGAGACUGCUGGUGGGCUCCCAGGUUUACUGCUUACUCUGGCUGGUAUGGGAGACGAGGGGAUGACGGUCAACGUAUGGGGCCCUUCAGAUCUUAAGUAUUUAGUAGAUGCCAUGAGAUCUUUUAUUCCCAAUGCCGCCAUGGUUCACACAAAAAGUUUUGGACCCACCUUUGGCACUGAGUCCACUGUGAAGAGUCAAAGUGACCCCAUUGUUCUUGUUGAUGAUGAGGUGGUCAAAAUAUCAGCCAUUAUCCUCCAACCUUGUCAGAUCCCUUCACAAAAGACAGAUCAUAGCAUAGACAUCGCUGAUUCCCUCAACGGAAAAAAGCUGCUAGCUGCUAAGCCUGGUGAUAUGUCUGUAGUAUAUGUUUGCGAACUGCCUGAGAUUCAAGGAAAAUUCGAUCCGGAGAAAGCUAAGGCACUUGGUCUAAGACCUGGACCAAAGUAUCGUGAACUGCAACUUGGAAAUUCAGUGGAAUCUGAUCGCCAGAAGAAUGUUAUGGUUCACCCAAGUGAUGUCAUGGAUCCUUCUAUUCCUGGUCCUGUUGUACUUGUUGUAGAUUGCCCGACAGAAUCUCACUUGGAAGCAUUAUUGUCCGCAAAAUCACUUGACACUUACGGCGAUCAAGUGGGAAACCUGCCAAAGGCUGGUAAAAGUGUUUCAUGCGUAAUUCACUUAACUCCUGAAUCUGUUGUUUGCUGUUCAAAUUACCAAAAUUGGAUGAAGACAUUUAGUUCUGCACAACAUAUAAUGGCCGGACAUGAAAAGAAAAAUAUAGAGGUUCCUAUUUUGAAAGCCAGUGCAAGAAUUGCAACACGGCUUAAUUACUUGUGUCCUCGAUUCUUUCCAGCUCCAGGAUUUUGGUCUCUUCCAAAUCAGAAUUGCUCAAAACCUGUCUCUCUUGCUUCAAGCGAGGAUUCUUUUUCAGCACCUUCUAAUGUCAUUUACGCUGAAAAUCUUCUCAAGUUUACUUUGCGCCCCUAUGUUAAUCUUGGGUUGGAUAGAUCAUGUAUUCCACCUAAAGCGUCUUCCUCAGAAAUUAUUGAUGAGUUGCUGUUAGAGAUUCCAGAGGUUGUGGAAGCAGCUCAGCAUGUCAGGCAGCUCUGGGAAGAUUCCAGUCAGGCGAAGGAAGAUUCAAUUCCUUUGGCUGAUCACAGUGAGGUGAUUGAGGAGCCAUGGCUGUCUGAAGAUGGUAUUACUCCUGCUUGCUUGGAAAAUAUAAGGAGAGAUGACUUGGAGAUAGUGCUUCUUGGAACUGGUUCAUCCCAGCCAUCCAAGUAUCGAAACGUGACCUCAAUAUAUAUAAAUCUUUUCUCAAAAGGGGGUUUGCUCUUGGAUUGUGGUGAAGGAACCUUAGGACAGCUCAAAAGAAGAUAUGGUGUAAGUGGUGCCGAUGACGUUGUGAGAUCUUUAAGCUGCAUUUGGAUUUCACAUAUUCAUGCCGAUCACCACACUGGGUUGACAAGGAUUCUCGCUCUACGACGUGAUUUGCUGAAGGGGGUUCCUCAUGAACCGGUGCUUGUUGUAGGACCAAGGAUGCUCAAGAGAUAUUUAGAUGCAUACCAUAGACUAGAAGAUUUAGACAUGUUAUUUCUUGACUGCAAGCACACCUUUGAAGCGUCAUUGGCUGAUUUUGAGAAUGACUUGCAAGAAACAGUUAAUUCUCUGGAUCUGAACAAUAAUAAUGCAGAAAUAAAUGCAUCAAAAGUUGAUUCAACUUUAUUUGCUAGAGGGUCUCCUAUGCAAAGCCUUUGGAAAAGACCAGGUAGUCCUGUUGACAAAGACACAGUUUAUCCCCUCCUACGGAAAUUGAAGGGGGUAAUCCAGGAAGCUGGUCUCAAUACUUUGAUUAGUUUUCCCGUUGUACAUUGCUCACAGUCAUAUGGUGUUGUUCUAGAAGCAGAAAAGAGGAUUAAUAGUGUUGGAAAAGUGAUACCUGGUUGGAAGAUUGUAUAUUCUGGUGACACAAGGCCUUGCCCAGAGCUAAUAAAAGCAUCUCGAGAUGCAACAGUUCUUAUACACGAGGCAACUUUUGAGGAGGGUAUGGUAUUGGAGGCUAUAGCAAGAAACCACAGCACCACCAAUGAAGCCAUAGAAACGGGAGAGGCUGCUAAUGUAUAUCGUAUCAUACUUACUCACUUCAGCCAAAGAUAUCCAAAAAUUCCUGUAAUCAACAAAGAACACAUGGAUAUAACGUGUAUUGCAUUUGACUUGAUGAGUAUCAACAUAGCAGAUUUGCCAGUGCUUCCCAAAGUUCUUCCAUAUCUGAAAUUGCUUUUCAGAAAUGACAUGACAGUUGAUGAGUCAAAUGAUGUAGUAGUGACAGUUGAUGAGUCAGAUGAUGUAGUAGAUGUUGCCACUUCCGCUUCUUGACUAAACAUAACAAUUUAUUCUUGUUUUGAAUAAUCUGAUUAUAUCACUAUGCUGGGUUAUGCAACAUUUUACUAGCAUUUAUCAUUGAUUGCCCUUGCAGCUACCCCAA